GUUGAUAAAGAUGCAUUGGAUGCACAGGUCAAGGAGAGGAAAUUUCAAGAAGCAACUGAAAAAGCACGAGAUGAACUAUUUGCUAAUAAAAUGAAGGAGAAUGACAAGAUCAUAUGUCUGCUAGAAGAACAGCAGAAAAAUGAAAUCAGAAACAUCAAUAAGGCCCUCAAUGAAUUUCAUAAGAACUUUCAGACACCAGAAACAAGACGUGAAUUUGACCUGUAUGACCCACAAGCCCUGAAGAAGGACAGACCUGCUCGGAUUUCGGACACUGAUCCUCGAUGUACUAUAUCUGGUUUGCAGAAGUUCAUGGGUGAAGACUUAAACUAUGAUGAGAGGAUGAAGUACCAAAAGGAGCAGUCAAGAGAGUGGUCUCUUCAGCAGCAGAGAGACUUGAGGAAUGCUUUAGCUGACCAAAAACUGGCAGAUGAUCUUCAUGACAAGUUUAGGGUUGAACUUGAUCAUAAAGCUAUGGAGCAACACCGAAAACAGGAGGAAAGCAGACGUGCAGUUUGUGCAGCUACUAAAGAUUUCAACAGAGCACAGGUUGCUGAACUAGCUGAGAAGAAGAGGUUGGAGAAGUCUCAAAACCUGAAGGAUGACAUGGAUGAAAUUUCCUACCUCCUUAAUGGAGAUUUACUUACCGAAAACCCUGACCAAGCAAUCAGUCGCUUUGGUAAACAUCGUCUGCUCAUGGAUCGAUGGAAGGGAAUGAGUCAGGAUCAGCUGAUGGCAAUUCGUGACUCCCAAAAGGACCAAGUUCUGGAGAGACAGAGGCUGGAAGAGCAGGAGCAGCAGAGAGAUGCUGAAUGGGACAGAAAACGCAUGGAGGAUGCCAGAGUGCAGCUGCUUCUGGAGCAGCGCGAGAAACGGCAGCGUCGGGAGCUCUGCCAGGAAUUGGAUAACAUGAACGCAAAGCUCUCUCGGGAGCAGAGAGCAAA